AUGUGGGCAGCUGAGACAAUGUCGCACUACCUCGAGUUUCUGAAAACGGAAAUCCGCCGCAAGAGGCAGUCCCUCCAGCUGGAUGCCACACACAAGGCCCUGGUGCUCUGCGACGCAGCGUCCGUGCACUCCACCGCACGGUUCGCCAAGAUUCGCAAGACCUUCGAGAAGGAGGCAAAUGCAAUCUUGAUCCACGGCAAGGACGAAGAUGGCGACGGGCUGCACAUUCCUGGGGGCUGGGGCGCAGCUGGAGCCCCCAACGACGCGUGGCAUCAGUUUUUCCACUCCAUUCGGCGGAGUUGGAUGAGGGUCGCAUCGGGUUCAGCAGACAUCGCAGCCUUGCGGCGAGUGCUGCACACAACCGAGCUUUCCGUGGACGGCAACCCCAGGUUUGAGCUGACGAUCCAGAACAGCUUACGAGCUGACGCGUUCGCCCUCCAGCAGAUCCAAAAUUACCGCAGUGGCAAAAUCCUGGCGUGGGCAUGGGUCAGUCGGGGGCUGGUCACCAAGCAGCAGUUUGCUGAUGCUCGCUUUGGCGGGAACCUGGAGAAGGCUCAGAAUGCCAUUAAGUCCGCUCCAGGCGAACUCAGUGAGAUCAUCAACAUGGAACUCACCAAGGAAAUCUCGCUCGAGAAGGAGAGCCAGGCCAUCCAGGAGGCAGGUGAGCCGCUGCCGGGGGAGGUCAGCAGCGUGUGGUGCAUCCAGCUCAACGCGGACUCCGAAGUGAUCCCUCUGCCUUCCUGGUUCCGUGUCCCACUGCAGCACGUCUUGUGCGGCUGGAUGGAACAAGCCAUGCAGUGGGACAAGAAACUAGAGCAGCGGCGCCAGGCUGGCAGGGACCUCACCGCCCAGCAGCAGCUCAAGUAUGACGCCUGGGUUGGCCAGACACAGCGCCCCCUGGUGUUUAACAAGCGGACAGGGCGCUUGGUUGCCAACCCAGGGAAGGAGACGCUCUCAAGACUAAAGAAAGAGUGUCUCCUCGUCAUCCUGCAUUUGUCCCGCCAUGCCGAGGAGCUUAGGCUCACAGCAGGAAACGGGCAGCUGUAUAAGCUGAAGCUGCUUGAGAUCCCCGCUUCCAAAGUCUCCAGCACCAGCGUGGUGCCCGAGCAAGUGGACCAUUUCUCAGGCGAGCGGCUCGUUCAGUACAGUACAGAACAUUACAGUACAGUACAGUACUGUACGUACUCUACUGUCAUGUACAAAACUCACAGUACUGUACUGUACCGUACAGUAUUGUGCUUCGACGUUUGGUGGGCUGUUUUUUGGGAGCGGGGUGCUCUGUCUGAAACUGCAGAUUACGGAGGAUGA